AUGCGAGAGCGCGAGACAAUAUGCAGGGGCCAGCCCAUCGAGCAAUGGAGCCGCGACGAGACCGACGCAAUCCGCCGCGCCUUCCAACAAAACCUCGACCACAUUGAAGCGACAUCGCAAGCCGCCAACGCAGAAGGCAAGAUCUUCUUCGCCAAAGAGCACACCCUGUGGCUGGCGGAUCCCGCCGCAGUCACCCAGUACCUUUCCACCCACGAAUACCGACCCUCCACCCGGCUAGGCGUGCAAGUGCCCAGCCCUUACUCCAGCAAUCCGUUCUCAUCCCCCAAGAAUAUCACCAUCUUCCCAGACGCAUACCUCGCGACAUGGCGCCCGACCUUCCUCAUCCGACACCCCGCGCUGGUGUUCCCCUCGUAUUACCGCGCGCUCCUCAACUUGGAGGAGGAGGGCUUCGCGGAGCCGGACAUGGUCGAGCCGAUGCUCGAGCUGCACUCCACGCUUCUGUGGACGAGAUUGCUCUUCGACUGGUUCUGUGACCGCCAGGCGCAGUCGUGCUCGGGUCGGCACCGCGAGCCGAUCCUGCUCGAUGCCCAGGAUGUCAUUCACCAUCCGGCGGUGGUGCAGAGGUACUGUGAGCUUGUUGGCUUGAGUCCGGAGAAGGUCAGGUUCGCGUGGCAGGAGACGCAGGCGCGGCGUGAUGGGCAUGCGAGCGCUGAGGCGGUCAUGAUGGUCACGCUGGAUCAUUCGACCUCGCUGCUUAAGGAUAAGACUCCGGCGAUGGUGGAUGUCAGGGCUGAGAAAAGGAAAUGGGAGGCGGAGUUUGGGGGAGAGCUGGCGGCGCGGAUGGAGAAGUGGGUGGAGAAUGCAAUGCCGGAUUAUAAUUAUCUGUAUAGUAAGAGGUUGCGAGGGGAUUGA